AUGUCCAGCCACUUCCUGGGCAGUAGGGCUCCAGUACGUGAAGCGGUUGCUCUGGACGACAAACGUAAAACAAAUGCCCCUGCCUUCUUCCCCUUUUCUCUAGCUUAUAUUGGUGAGCAGACGUCAUAUGGUAUAAUUAUCUAUGCCGUUGGAAUAGGAAAAGCAAUUGAGGAAGAACUGCUGGAAAUUGCUUCUGAGCCAUCAUAUAAACAUCUCUUCUAUGCUGAAGAUUUCACAGCUAUGGAGGACAUAAGUGAAGAGCUAAGAGUGCAAAUCUGUGAAGCCUUGAAAGAGUCAGCUCACCAGCAGGAUCCAUCAUCUGGGAGGCUUCCUAAGACUGGUCCACAGCCUUCAGCAAAAGCUUCAAAGGAUAAAGACCAGUGCAAAUGUGAAAACCUUGUGACAUUCCAGAACUAUGCAACCAAUGAAGUAAGAAAACUCACCCAGCGAUUGGAAGAAAUGACGAAGAGAAUGGAAGACUUGGAAAACAGGCUAAAAUACUGAUCCAAAUUUAAAGUGUAUACUACACUGUAUAUUUAUAUAUACAAACUUGUCAGAGCUAUUUUCUUAAACUGAUUCAAAGUAAAGGAACAAAUCCUUGUGUCUGAAGUUGAAGAGUAUUUUGGAUCCCUGCAUCUAUAUACUAUGUGUUCUGUCUUGCAUUGAUUGCAAAUAAGAAGUGUUGAAAAUUUUAUAUAUAUAAAUGAUUUAGUAACUAGCAAAAAUUCUAAUUAAGCAGAACUAAACAACUGAAAUAAGCUAUGCAAAAUAAUAAAAUACUGUUAUUU